AUGCUUUUGAGUGUUAAUAUAAUUGGCGAUCCUGAUAAACUACUUGAGUCAUUCCGCGAGCACUUAACCGAGGCGGGUGGUAUUCAAGAAAAAUCUAUUUCCGAGUUGGUUUCGUUAAUGUCUGAUACCAACGGAAAACUAGUCCCGAAGUGCAUAUCCCUUUGCAUAAUAUCGGCGUCUGACAUUGCAGUACAGUCUCUCAUAUGUGAAACAGACGCCUGGGAUAUACUUCUCAAAUGGCUUCAGGAAGCACUUAAAGAAGAAAAUUGUUCGUUUCUCAUCGAGUUGAUGCAGGUUUACCAUGAUUUACCUGUUACUUUGGAGCAGCUAACAAGGAACGUUUGUCCGAAAUUAAUAAACUCGCUAUCCAAGAGGUCGGAUAACGAAGGCGUGAGAGCACUGGCUGCUGAUAUAGUAAAAAAGUGGAAGGGUGUAAUUAACAAAAACAGUCGGAAAGAGAAUACUGAAGUGCCAUGCAAAAAGAGAAAGUCAGAGUCCCCUAAGAAGGAGCUGUCAGGUGGUGAUUCCAAUGCGUUGGUUAAGGACGCCAAAAGGCGUCGAUCUACUGUGAAGGUGCCGCCAACUGUCAUGCGAACCGCCGGUAUUGAAGAGGCAAACGACCAGGUCGUACCGAAGUCGAGGUCCGAGGUGUUAGCCAAGAAAAGCAAAAUCGAAUCAGUUCCGGAAAAGGUUCAGCCAAUGUUACCAAUCGAGUCAUUUCACCAGAGGAUUACGGUUACUCCAACAGAACCCAAGAAAUGUACUGUGCCUUUUGCUUUGGUGAUUUUAUUCUUUCUAGCACCGCAUGAAAUUCACGAGAGCUCAAGUUUCAUCAAUGCCCUCACAACUUCACAACCGGUAGUAAGAAAAAAGCGGAAGGUUUGUAAGCCUGACGCGCCUGAGUCGACUUCUGUAAGUUGUCCAAGACAUCAUUUUAUGUUUUCCAAGGAAACUGAUGACGUUCGAGUAUCACUGUCCGAAAAUGUGGAUGUCGAAAUCCCUGAGCCAGGGCAUUCCCCUCUGUCUGAUGCAGAGGCACCUAAGAAGUCGUCAAUGGUAAACCUCAGUGCUCUCGGGGUCGAAAAGAAGCCGAAAAAGCGUGUAUCAUGGGCGCCGGAAGAGAAGCUGCAGCAAAUUAGCUACUUCGAGGUCGAUGACACUGAAAGAGUUAAUGUCACCCGAAUUUCACUUGCUGAAAUACGUCAGAAGGAACAUUCACUUGAGCGACAACUUUUCAAGCGGCACGAGGAGGUUGAAAUCAAAGACGCUAAAUGGUAUCCACCAUCGCCAUUGGAGUUGGUAUCUACAGUUGAGCCUGGAUGCAAAUCUGCUGAACGACAAAUUCAGCUGGAGAGGGAGCGUUUUGUCCUUCAAGCUAUUUAUUUUACUCGCGAGAGUAUACCAAUUUCACCAGAGGAACCUGAAAAAGAAGAAUUCGAGGCUAAAUUAGCCGUCGAAAUUCCUUUAGAAGAUUUACACGCCAAGGAUCUGCUAAUAAUAAACGACAAAGGUGAUGGGAAUUCCCAGAUGUCUCUUAACCCAGAGGUCGCCGACUUGGUAAAGUCUCUUGCUCUAAAUUUCAACCAAGAAAGCAACAAAACCCCGAAUCAAUCUGAUCAAGCAUCGCCUUCGGUGGCGGUAACUACUGCAUCAGCGCUUUCUCCGGCCCCAUCAUUGGCCCAUCCCACGCUCUCCGCCACGUCUCCCGAUCAUAUAACAAGUCCGCUUAAUCCUGAUCAUGGUGAUGCCCCGAUGCGUUCUGACGUGGGUCCUUCGAGGAUUCCGGGUCCCCACUUUGUUCCAGGGGACCGACCCCCGCCACCACACAAUGUGGUUAGACUACGCGGUCACCCGCGACCCCCAAUGGGUGGAGGGGGCCCCAUGCCUUAUCGACGUCCCCCAUUUCCCCCUUCGGAUGCUCCACCACCACACUUCGCUAGGGGUCCUAUCCCACCUCCUCCCUUCCGAGGUCCUCCACCUCCCAUGUACGGGGGCGGCAGGCCCCCAAUGAAUGGCCCCUGUGGCAUAGGCCGGAGGGGCGGUCGUGGAGACCAAGUCUGCAAGUUCUUCCAGCAAGGCAACUGCCGGAAUGGCAGCAACUGUCAUUUUUUGCAUCCUGGUUUCCACCAUAUGAAGUGGUGA